AUGGUUAAUCAAGUUGCUGGUUCUAAGGUCCUUCUUCUGGGCUCAGGCUUCGUUACCAAGCCUACCGUUGAGGUUCUUAGCAAGGCAGGUGUCGAAGUUACCGUCGCCUGCAGAACCCUCGAGAGUGCGAAGAAGCUUUGCGAAGGAUUCAGCAACACCAAGGCUAUCUCCCUUGAUGUCAGCGACGACAAGGCUCUUGAUGAGGCCGCUAAGCAGGCGGAUCUGCUCAUCUCGCUCAUCCCUUACACCUUCCACGCCCAAGUGAUCAAGUCCGCUAUCCGAACCAAGAAGCAUGUCGUUACCACAUCCUACGUCUCCCCGGCUAUGUUGGAGCUGGACCAGCAGUGCAAGGACGCUGGAAUUACUGUUAUGAACGAGAUUGGUCUGGACCCGGGUAUCGACCACCUUUACGCCGUCAAGACUAUCCACGAGGUUCACGCUGCCGGUGGUAAGAUCACUGACUUCCUCUCUUACUGCGGUGGCCUUCCCGCUCCCGAGUGCUCCAACAACCCUCUGGGCUACAAGUUCUCCUGGUCCAGCCGUGGUGUCCUUCUCGCCCUUCGCAACGCCGCCAAAUUCUACAAGGGUGGUGAGGAAGUCAGCAUUGCUGGCCCUGACCUCAUGGCUACCGCCAAGCCGUACUACAUCUACCCCGGCUUCGCCUUCGUCGCAUACCCUAACCGUGACUCAACCCCCUUCCGUGAGCGUUACGACAUACCUGAGGCCCAGACCCUCGUCCGUGGUACCCUCCGUUACCAGGGCUUCCCCGAAUUCAUCAAGGUUCUUGUUGACAUCGGCUUUCUGAGCGAUGAAGCUCGCGACUACCUCAGCUCCCCUAUCAGCUGGAAGGAGGCCACCCAGAAGAUCCUCGGCGCCGCCUCCUCCUCUGAGAAGGACCUCGAGUCGGCCAUCUCCUCCAAGACUGCCUUCCCCAACAACGACGAGCGUGACCGAAUCCUCUCCGGUCUGCGCUGGAUUGGCGUCUUCUCCGACGAGAAGAUCACCCCCCGCGGCAACCCCCUCGACACCCUCUGCGCCAGCCUCGAGCAGAAGAUGCAGUACGGCCCCGACGAGCGUGACCUGGUCAUGCUUCAGCACAAGUUCGGCAUCGAGCACAAGGACGGCUCCAAGGAGGUCCGCACCAGCACUCUCUGCGAGUAUGGUGCUCCCGGUGGUUACUCCGCCAUGGCCAGGCUCGUCGGUAUUCCCUGCGGUGUUGCCGUGAAGUUGGUUCUUGACGGCACUAUCAGUGAGAAGGGUGUCCUUGCCCCCAUGAGCUGGGAUAUUUGCGAGCCUAUCCAGAAGACCCUCAAGGCCGACUACGGCAUUGAGAUGAUUGAGAAGACUCUGUAA